AUGGAUAAGAGAGUGUGUGAAAAGUUCCAGGAAGUAAGGAACUCGCUUUCCGAUGAAUUGAGUAGUGGAAGCUAUAAAUUUAAUGAUGUUGAGUUUUUAAAUAAGUAUUGUGAUAGUAAUACAUGCCAAAGUGAUUUGGAUAAAAUAAGUGCUGGAUGUUUAUAUUUGUUGGAUCAAUUCUAUAAGAAUGGUGGUAUAUUACCCCCUCCUGCAAAAAAUAACAUCAAUAUUGUUGAUUACAUUUUGAUAUGGUUAAAUUAUAUGUUAAACCUGGGCAAAAGUAAAGAAAAAGACAAUAUACAGGAUUUUUAUAGAGAUUACAUAUAUAAUUAUGAUAAGUAUAAGAUGGAAAUAAAUGAAUUAUCUGAUUAUGAUAAUUAUAAGAAACUUUUAGAUAAAAAAAAUGAUGUGUUGAAUAUGGAUAGUAAAAUUGUACCUAAACUUUAUAAAGCAUUUAAAUCGUUAUGUGAAAUGUAUACUGAAUUUGAUGAAAAUAAGGAAGAUUGCACAAACUAUUCGGAAAAAGCUAAAGAAUUUGUUAAACAAUAUGAAAAACUUUACGAGGAUUAUAAUAAGACUAAAGAUAGUUCAUAUAAAAAAGUAUUGUGUACUUUAUCAGCCGAUUAUGAUAAUUUAAUAAAGAAAUGUAAUGAUACUCAGUGUUGCAAAACUUCACCCCUUCCAACGAUAGAAACAGAAAAAAUUCCUGAAAAUUGUUCUGAACAAACUUCUGAAAAAACUUAUGGAACAGGAUAUGAUGAAUUGUCUGGAGAAAUUUCUGAGGUUACAUUAUCAGAAUCAUCACUAGUAAGUAAAUUAUUUAUAGUUUUAUCGAUAUUUGGUGCAAUAGCAAUUUUUUUAGGAAUUUCUUAUAAGUAUUCGUUAUUUGGAUUUCGGAAACGAUUUCAAAAACAAAAAUUAAGAGAAAAGCUAAAAAAUGUAAAGAAGAGAAUGAUUCAUUAA